UCAUACACAAAUGAUAUUUGAUUGUUGUAGUUGAGUAUAACACAAAUAAUAAUCCUACAAACACAUUUCCGCCCUCUCCUAAAAAAUUCAAAGAUAAAAAAGAGAGAUUGCCAGAUACAUGCAUGAAAUGGCUAAGAAGGCAGUGUUGAUAGGGUGCAACUAUCCAGGAACAAAGGCUGAGCUAAAUGGUUGCAUUAAUGAUGUGUGGAGGAUGCAUACAUGUCUCAUUCACAAAUAUGGUUUCUUAGAGAAUGAUAUCACUGUUCUCAUUGACACAGAUCAUUCUUACACUCAGCCUACUGGCAAGAACAUACGAUCUGCCAUGUCUAGGUUGGUUCGAUCGGCUCGACCUGGUGAUGUGCUCUUUGUCCACUACAGCGGCCAUGGCACCCGUCUCCCUGCAGAGACUGGGGAGGAUGAUGAUACUGGCUAUGAUGAGUGCAUUGUUCCCACAGAUAUGAAUCUCAUCACAGAUGAAGACUUCAGGGAGUUUGUAGAAAAGUUACCUAAGGGUUGUAGAAUCACAAUGGUAUCAGAUUCUUGUCACAGUGGUGGAUUGAUUGAAGCAGCAAAGGAGCAAAUAGGAGAGAGCACAAAGGAAGGAAGCCAACUUUCAUCCUCAGGAUUUAUAUUCCAAAACUUCCUUCACAGAACUGUCGAUGAUACCAUCAAGAAUGACAUUGGAGAAUACGAUGAAACUCAUAAUCAGGAAUACAGCUAUGUGAAGAAUAGGUCUUUGCCUCUUCCAACUCUUAUAGACAUGCUAAAGGUGAAAACUGGGCAAGAUGAUAUAGAUAUUGGAAAACUAAGAUCUACACUUUUUUAUAUCUUCCGAGAAGACGCUAGUCCUAAAGUGAAGCAGUUCAUGAAGUUUAUCUUAAACAAAUUUCAAUAUGGAGAUGGUGAGAGUGGAGGCCAUAGUGGAAUUUUGGGGCUGGUUAGCAAUCUUGCACAAGGGCUUCUCAAACAUAAUCUGAAUGAGAGUGAUGAGGAAUACGAAAAUCCGGUUGGGAAUGUCGAAGAAUAUGCAACAUCAACUAAACGCAAUUUUGUUGAUGGUGGAGUUCUACUGAGUGGAUGCCAAACUGACCAAACUUCGGCAGAUGCAAGUCCUGAUGGAAAUUCGAAGGAAGCUUAUGGAGCAUUUAGCAAUGCCAUUCAAGCUAUAAUUGCAGAGACUGAUGGUGUAGUUACACAUCGAGAGCUUAUCUUGAAAGCUAGGAAGAAACUCAAGAGGCAGGGUUACACUCAGAAGCCUGGACUCUAUUGUAGUGACCACAAUGUUGAUUCUCCUUUUAUUUGCUGAUUUCAUAGUGAUACAACUUAUGUUGGUUUGUAAGUACUUUUGAGUAUGGGACAAUUCAUGUUGCACAAAAGAAAUAUAUAUUUUAUCUAGUUGGUAAUGUGUAGGAGAUGACACAAUUGAGUUCCUAUAUCAUCAUAAGUGAAGGGGAAGUCAUCUAUAGUAUUUCCCUUUGUCAAUGAUCAUCCAUAUAGAUAUACAAUUUUGAAUUAUCAAGAAAAUUGGACAAUAUAAUUAAAAGAUUGAAAAGGACUUUGCGCAAAAAAUCAGCAA